GAAGACGAUCCCAAUACUCCGUCAUCUGGUGCCUCUACCCCUUCGUCGGAGACAUCCGUGAACACCAACUCAGUGGCUCAGACGCUAGCGAAGCGGCUAUCGUUUUGGAACAAACUAGCUAAGCGACCUCCGCAGUCCCCAAUGGAUAUCGUCGACGAGGAAAAUGCGGAUUCUCACGGCGCAGGGGUGGAAUCCCGUGAUAACUCUGACGCUCCAACUUCACUGAAGCACGACACCGAAGAAGUAGUCGAUGCAGCCGCAGAGCAGGAUGUGCAGUCACCUUCUGAGGUCCUGGGGGAUAUUAUUGACAGUCGUGCGCCCGAGCCGAAAACGCAAGCGGAGCAGCAUUCUGAACUGGAGGAUAAGAUUCUGAAAGAAAUCAUCCGCGAGUACACCAAGGGCGGCAUGUAUUUUGCGUACACGUUUGAUAUCACGCGAUCUCUGCAGCACAAACAGGAGGAGAUUGCGAAGUCGAAAAGGGAACAUCAUCUUCUUUCCGACUUGAACGCCUUGGAGACCCCGACAACGACAGCGUCGUCUUCCGCGGCUUCAGGGAUCUCAGAUGCACCCACUGAACACCCUGACUUGGAGAAGGUUGACGUCCUUGCGGAAGUGUACCCCACUUUACCCCUUUGGCGCCGCGUCGAUCGCCAAUUCUGGUGGAACGAAUGGUUGUCCAAGCCAUUCACAGAAGCAGGACUACAUUCAUAUGUCCUGCCGAUCAUGCAAGGGUACUAUCAAAUCGCCGCAUUCCGAGUACCGCGUGAACCUGAAGAAUCCGAGGAAGGCAAAUCCGCGUUGGUGGACUAUAUUCUCGUUUCCCGACGAUCAAAAAACCGUGCUGGGCUCCGUUACCAGAGAAGAGGAAUCGACGAUGAAGCGCAUGUUGCCAACUUCGUCGAGACAGAGGCCGUCGUUCGAGUUGACCGUGAGGGCCAUUCAAACGUUUUCUCAUAUGUCCAAAUUCGUGGAUCAAUACCUCUGUUUUGGUCCCAACCUGGGUAUAGCCUGAAACCGGCCCCUGUCCUUGCGUCCGACCGGACGCAUAGCCAGCAACUGGAUGCCGUGCGACGUCAUUUCCAGAGGACUGUGGGGCACUACGGGCCAAACAAUGUGGUAAACCUAGCCGAACAACAUGGGAAGGAAGCGGCUGUCACUUGUGCAUACCGUGACUUUGUCUCUGAGAUGGCAUGGCCUGAUGUGAACUAUACAGAAUAUGACUUCCAUGCCGAGACAAAGGGCAUGAAAUAUGAGAAUAUCUCGAUGUUAAUCGACAAACUAGAGCGUACCUUCGAACAACAAGGGUAUCUCUGGAUAUCGAGUGGAUCGAAGAUGUCGGAUCAGAAGGGCGUGUUUCGUGUCAAUUGCAUCGACUGCCUCGACAGGACGAAUGUAGUACAAUCUGCUUUUGCUCGUCAUGUCUUGAACAGACAACUAGGUGCGGUUGCUCUAUUGAAUACGACAGAAAAUGGGCGCACGGAAUUAGACGUCGUGUUCAAUGAUGUAUGGGCAAAUAAUGGCGAUGCCAUCAGCCGUGCAUAUGCUGGUACUUCUGCUCUGAAGGGAGACUUUACUAGGACAGGUAAACGCGAUCUUGGCGGCAUGCUGAACGAUGGCAUCAACUCGAUCGCUCGGAUGUACACCUCUACAUUCAGUGAUUGGUUCUGUCAGGCCGUCAUCGAUUAUAUGCUGGGUUGUCGGACACUCACAGUCUUCUCGGAAUUCUUGCUGAAGUUACAAUCGUCUGACCCUCGUGAUAUGGUCCGAAUCGCUCAAAUCAGAGCGGACGCCAUCGCAACAUCCGUGUCUCGGGUUCUCUCCGAAGGCGAACGGUUACUUUCUGGAUGGACCGUAUUCUCGCCCGAAGCAUUGAACCGAAAGAUGGCGGAUAGAUUCGAGGAAAAGGUCCUUCUCCUGUCUGUUCGCGCGCUUUACAUCGUAAGCUACGACUACACACUCGAGAAGAUCAAAGUAUUCCACCGCGUACCCUUGGGCGACAUUGAAAGCAUAGAGAAAGGUGCAUAUAUCAUAUCCCCAUUGGAAGAAGCUAGUCGCGAUCCUCUGCAGAACGCAGGAUUCAUGGUCACCUGGCGCAACUCUAACCUCGAGACACGGAUCACAAGCUACUCGGUGCGAAACAGUAUUGAACGGAAGUCAGCAUCCUCUGCGCCAUCCUCCCCUACUAAACCGACCCACUCCGGGCAAUCGACUGCCCCUCCGCCAAGCUCUCUACCUCAGCAGAGUAUCGUGCGCAGAUCAUCCGCGCUAUCGAAGUUAAUCGCCAAGGCUGCACCCGAGGAACCUGGCGAAACCACCUUUGCCGCGUUCAAGGCUUUGCCCGUUGACCCAACAAGACGACAACGCUCGACAGGAACGUAUGCAGAAGAUUCAGAUGAGCUCGCAGGGGCCACGAACAGCAGGGAGGCUGUUGACGCGAUGGUGGAAUCAAUACGACGCGCAUGCGCGGAUAUCGGGAAUGUUCGCGAGAAUUUGGUCAAGGACGUCGACGUGGUCAGUUUGACGGAGGCACAACGGAUGACGAGUGUAUAUGCUAAGAUGGAAUAUGGUGUGAAGAGGCUGUUGUGGCUUGGUGGUUGAUCGUAUAGAAAACCCUGUGACAGUGCCGUAUACGUAUCACCAAUCAUCUGGUGGCGGAGUGUCGCCCGUAAGGGUCAAGGUCGAGAGUGGUACGCCCUGCGCUCUUCGAGCGCUGACGAUGUUUUUGAGCGACUUGCACUCUACGGGUAGGCUUAUGAUAUGGAUACUCCG